UCUCAGUCUUUGAGGUGGCCUGGGAAAGCGGAGAGGCGCGUGGCUGCCAUUUUGUCGCUGACGGGGAACGCUUUUCCCGUAGGCUGGUGGCAGCAGAGCGAGCCGCUCUGGCAGCGUCGUGGGCGGCGGGGACGGGGUAGAGGCUUGGCCUGUCGGAGCCGUAGCGGCUUAGACGAACUCGUCGCUUGGUUUCUCUGGUGACAGUCGCUGGGCUUUCUCCGGACCCCCCUCGAUUCCGGGCCUGGUUAGUAGAACAGGGUCGCGAGUGGGCCGGUGUGGAGGGCGGCUGGCUUCCGCUGGGGCGAUCUGAUCCUGCGCACGCUUACUCGGGAGGAAGUUUCACUUGGCUCGGCGGAGACUUACACCCAAGUAAGCGUGCGGAGGGUCGUAGUCUUUCGAGGCUUUCUCUUCCGAAGUCAUUGUAUUCCUUCGAGGGGUUGAGGGGGUUACGGCUGGGCCCAAGCCAGCGACACCCGUUCUGGCGGUAGUUACCGCGUGUUUCGCUUCUGGUCGACUGGGGAGUCGGUCUCAGGCCAGCGGUGGCUGUCUUCCCGCUCCGUUUGGCAGCAGGCAUGCUGAACACACACUGCCAUAGCGAGGCGCUUUUUGGUCACGUGUGCAGAUGCGUGUGAAAGGACGACUUGUAGAGACGGGGCCAGCGAAUCCUCCCGCCACGGCUUGAAUUGUUUGCUAGGAUUGGUAAAAUUUUCAUAGAAUCAUAGAGUUGGAAGGGGCCAUACAGACCAUCUAGUCCAAUCCCCUGCCCAGUGCAGGAUCAGCCUAAAGCAUCUCUGACAAGUAUUCAUCCAGCCUCCUCUUGAAAAAUUUUCUGCUCUUCUGGAAGAAACUCUUUUCAGUUCCCAAGAAACCGAGUUCGUUGUCCCGUGGGUUGGUUAAUGGUGAUUUCUUGGAAUGCACUGGAUCUUUUGGAAGCGCCUUUCCUUCCCUAGGAAUGUAUUGGAUUAUGUGCGAACUGGCAAGUGAAAAUGACGCCGGAUUUAAGGAAACGCAAGCACCAUCCAGACUUCAUACGUGAGACCUCUCUUGAUGUCCCCUUGAAACUGCUGAGUGAUGUUAUACUUAAGCAAUAAGAUGACAGCUUUUGGUGCACCUGUGUAGUUGCUCAGGAGAGCAUACCUUCUGUACUGUCCAUUUAUUUACUGGGCUUUGGAGGACAUGGUUUUCCUGUCAGGAAUGUUUUAUGACAGGAUAUUAGGUGUUCUAUCUGCUUUCCAGAGGGGAGGUAAAUCUUUCCUGAUGGACAGAGAUGCGCUGGGAAGAAACAGAGGUGGCACUUAAUAUUAACAUGAGUUAACUUUUCUCACUGAGAGUUACUUAGGAGUGAAAUGCAGCCAGGGUUUGUUAAAUUGUUGCAGUGGAUAUAAUACCUCUUACACUCAGGGUUUGUCAAACUAUUGCAGUGGAUAUAGUACCUCUUACACUCAAAUUAUUUCCUGAGUUUAAAUGUAGUAAUAUGGUUUAGUGUUUAAAUUGGUUGUGGGGUGGGCAGCAUCUUAGAUCUCCAACAAGUCAUGUGGAGGCUGUUCAGUUGGUUGAGUCAAUCACUGUGUUGGAUUGACUUUCUUUUCUCCUUAAUCAAGAGUGAGCAGAGACCCCUUUUGACACCCAGAAAGGUUAAACUGGGAAUGGUGCGAUUUGGACAAAAAACAAUGCAGAUUCAGGCUAUAUUGAGGAAGGGAGUUGGGCAAAAUUGCCCCUCUUUUUUCUGGCACUAGUGGAAAAGUUUGUUAGGAAUCCAGCCUGUAAGCUUUUAUCCUGUCUUUCUCUCUGAAUUCAAGGUGGAAUUCAUAUGGCUCCUCUCCAGGCCUGAACAGAUCUGAAGCUGCUUAUGUUCCAUAAGGCGCUGCCUAUACUGCUAGCUGUGACUCCCAAUUAGGGUUAAUUAUUGUUAAUUAUAUAUUUUUCGAUCUGGUUACUGGAAAUGCUUGCAUAUGUUCGUGUUGGAUUACUCUGUGUUGGAUGUGGUGCUUUUUAAAGUUUGGUGGUCAUGGAAAGUCUGAGUUGCUGAAUAACGUUUAGAGUAGCUGUAACUGUGUUCAUUACAUUUUGUUAUAUAUGAAUGAGAAUUAUUUGAACCAUUUUGUGUAUGGGGAUCUUGGUAGUUCAAUUGCUGUUAGUGGGAAUUAUGGCAUUGAUUUCAUGGGAUAAGAAAGCAAUUUAUGAACAAUUUUUUUUUAGACUGAGAAGUUUCUGUGCAGAAUUCUAAUGCAAUUUUUUUGAGGUGCAUAUAUGUGGUUCAAGGUACAGUUGUUUAACAAACUUCACAGUCUUUGGUCUUUCUAGGUCCUGGACAGAGGCAUAAGUGACUUGGGUCCUCAUUUGCUGGAACACAUGUUCCACUGAAAAAUAUUGUGUUGUGUGAAAUAUUGGACCAAGCAUGAUCCUGUGCAUGCUUAUUUGGAAGUAAGCUCUGUUGAAUUCGGAGGGGUGUUCUGAUGAACAUGCAUAGGCUUGGACUGUGUGGUUUUCUGUGAUUUCCUCUUUUGCUAGUAAGGAAGUCAACAGUCAUGCAUAUAUUUUUCUGGAGUUUUUGACUUUAUAAUGCAUUUUGGUCCUAGAGAAUAGAGAAUUUUGGAUUUUUAAAAAUGUUUGUGGUGGGAUAACAAGACUUUGUAGGGAAAUUCAAAUGAGCUUAAUCUGAAUAUUUUCCUAGAAUUUCAGCUUUGCAGAUUUUUAAAAAAAUCAGAACUAUUCUAUACAUUUGGUGGAAGAUUCAGUUGUGGUGCACAUCUUGCCAAACUUCAGAAAUGUAAGGAUUUUAGAAGAACGGAAUAUCUGUUUUCAUGUGGAAUAUCAUGUUUCAAGCACUAGAAGCAUUGACGAGGCUGCUGAAUUUUCAACUCUGCAUGGACCCAUUGAAGACUACUCUUGACUAAUUUCCAUCAUUUACUGAAGUCAUUUUUAAUAUUUGGACAUUUAAAAACUGGAUAUACAGGCCAACAUGCUCCUCAGUUGAAGUGUUUUUUUUUCCUUUUUGUGUAUCCCUUGGAUGCAACUUGGCUCAAGACUACCCGCUAACUUUACUCUUUUCACUGGUUAUUGUUACCUGUGGUUAAGGAAAUACCAUGGUAAUGUGGCACAAUAUGUAAACCAAGCUAUUUGUUAGCCAUUAAUUAUGUUUCAUUUUCUUUCCACAGUUAAGUUGAUUUCUCAGACUUUUAUCAGGCCUACCAAGUGAAAACAGGUGAUUAUUGCUGUGGGUUGAGCUCAGAAUGGCAGUAGUCAUCCGUUUACAGGGGCUUCCUGUUGUUGCGGGAUCUGCAGAUAUUCGCCGUUUCUUCUCAGGAUUGAAUAUUCCUGAUGGAGGUGUACAUAUCAUUGGAGGAGAGAAGGGGGAAGCCUUUAUUAUCUUUGCGACAGAUGAAGAUGCACGACAAGGAAUGAGCUUUUCAGGAAGAUUUGUCAAGGAUUCACGUAUAGAGCUCUUCCUUAGUAGCAAGACUGAAAUGCAGAAUAUAAUAGAAGUUAAUAGGAAAAGAUACGAUCAUGGUGGGAGAGAGACAGUAACUGGGUCUAGACGGACAGGUUCUAGUAAUUCAGGAGUUGGGAACCUUUCAAAUUUAGUUGCAGCUAUUAAAAAAGGAAUCGGUAAAUCCAGCUUUGAUUCUCUGGAUAACUUGGAGGAUGACUUUCAUUUACAUGGCUCUCAAAAUAGCAAUGCAGAGGUUUCAAAAUCAACUUCUGAUCAGUCCAAGAAAGAGUCAGACAAUUUGUAUGUGUUUGUACGUGGGAUGCCUUACUCUGCAUCAGAAAAUGAUGUCCUCAAUUUCUUCUCAGGAUUGCAUGUAGAGGGAGUGAUCCUGUUAGAAAAUGAUGAGGGUCGACCAAAUGGUGAUGGUCUUGUAAAAUUUGCUACACCAAGUGAUGCCAUGAAAGGACUACAACGUGAUAGGGAGUAUAUGGGUCCAAGAUUUUUAGAAUUACGUCCCUCUAAUCAAAGAACAUGGCUUCAGUACGGUGGAGGAGAUGAGAAAAUGGAUAAUUCUUUUAAACACUUUGCUCAGUUAAAUAAAGAAAGCUCUUCAAGCAGAAGAGAAUCAAAUUACAUGUCUUCAAGAAAACAAUCCCACUCAAGGUCUCCUCCAUGGAGAGUUUUGGCACGCUCUCGUUCAAGGUCUCCUCCACAAAGAGUUUUGGCACGCUCCCGCUCAAGAUCUCCUCCACAAAGAGUUUUGGCACGCUCCCGCUCAAGAUCUCCUCCACAAAGAGUUUUGGCACGCUCUCGCUCAAGGUCUCCUCCACAAAGAGUUUUGGCACGCUCCCGCUCAAGAUCUCCACAAAGAGUUUUGGCACGCUCCCGCUCAAGAUCUCCCCCACAAAGAGUUAUGGCACGCUCCCGCUCAAGAUCUCCUCCACAAAGAGUUUUGGCACGCUCCCGCUCAAGAUCUCCUCCACAAAGAGUUAUGGCACGCUCCCGCUCAAGAUCUCCUCCACAAAGAGUUAUGGCACGCUCCCGCUCAAGAUCUCCUCGACGGAGAGUUUUGGCACGCUCCCGCUCAAGGUCUCUUCAGAGGGCAGCUGCAGCACGCUCCCAUUCACCUCUCUCGCAUUCUGCCUUCUCUCAUUCAUCAAACAGUAGGGAAUUUUACAUACACAUUAAAAAUCUGUCACCUGAUGUUGACAAGAGAGAUUUGAGAGCGUUCUUUGGAGCACUAAAUAUAAGUAACCAUAACAUUACACUUUUAAAGCCAGAUAACCCUUUAAAAAAAAGGGAAGCAUUUGUGCAGUUCAAAUCGAUCAGGGAAUAUGAGACUGCACUGACCUAUCAUAAGGAGUCUCUUUUUGGUCAAAGAGUUCACAUUUUCCCCUCUUCUAAAAACUCAAUUCUGCAAUUCAUCGAAUCUUCAGAAGCUAAAAGAUCAUCAGAAAGGCAUCACCAUGUAAAGGAAAAAAGAGAUGGAUGUGCUGGCCAAAAGACGUGUGUAUAUGUAAGGAACUUUCCAUUUGAUGUGACAAAUGUUGAAGUUCAGAAGUUCUUUGCAGGAUUUAAUAUUGAUGACAGUGACAUACAUUUGCUUUAUGAUGACAAAGGAACUGGAUUGGGAGAAGCACUGGUCAAAUUUAGAUCUGAAGAUCAAGCCCGGAAAGCUGAAACUUUAAAUCGUCGACGUUUUUUGGGAACAGAAGUACUACUAAGAUGUAUAUCUGAGGAGCAAAUGCAGGAAUUUGGUAUUAAUGUCUCAUCAGUGUCAAGUGAAAAGAUGCAGGCUAACCCCCAUGCACAUGCUAGAGGUGAACAUUUUUAUGCAGUUGGUUCUCAAGGGCCAUCCAUGCAGGGGAAGUUUAAGCAUCCAUCUGAUUAUAGAUGUCCCAAGGACUUCUUGCGCUCACCCGAUCGGUUUAGAGGCCCUCCUUCUUUCCCAGAAUUCCAUGGUGAAGGCAAUCCUGGAGGUUUCCCAGAGGGGCGCUUUAUGCCUGAUUCUAAUUUCAGUAGUGGCUCUGAUCACAUUACAGUGAUUAAAUUAAAGAAUAUACCAUUUCGAGCAGCUCCUAAUGAAAUUCUGGAUUUCUUCCACGGCUAUAAAAUUAUACCAGAAUCGCUUGUUAUUCACCAUAAUGAAUAUGGAAUGCCUUCUGGUGAAGCUACACUUGCUCUGGUGAAUUAUAAUGAGGCAGUGGCAGCUGUUAAUGAACUGAACGACCGGCCAUUUGGCCACCGCAAAGUUAGGCUAACCUUAGCAUAAAUGAGAACAUGCUAAAGAAGAAAAUAAAAGAAAUUUACAGUGUUACAUUAGAGCCAGAGUCACAUCAACAAUGGGAGUAAAAAUCCUUUAAAUGUUUGUAAAUAAUUUUACAUUAAUUUAAAAUUUGUAUUUCCCCUCUGAACUUUAGGGGGCGGGAUUGGAUAGCAUUUGAUCAUUUCAGUAGUUCUCUCACAUUGACUUUGCCAUAUGUAUGGUUAUAUAUAUAUAUUUGCAGCAUAUUUAAACGUGCUGUUUGCUAACCUGUAUCUACCAAGCUAUUAGUCAGCAAGCUUAAACUUUGUCGCCAAUUGUUAUGUUACAAACAAGCUGGUUGUAUGAGUUUCUUACAUUGUUGCCCAUUGUUUCAUUAAAUGGCGGGUUAAAUUCAGGAUUUUUAGUACAGUCUUCUCAACAGUUCUUUCAAAAUAAAUUACAUUAAUUGACAUAUAUGGAUGGUUAUUUGUAUAUCUGAUGGAUCAGUGCAGACUUGAAUUUGAAGAAAUGUUGAUAGUGUCUACCUGUAAGCUUGUGUAGUUCUACAUGCUACACAAAAUAAAAUACAUUAGCUUGGAUCUUAAACAUAGGUGGAGUCAUACUUGAGAGGCAGGCAUCUUCUCUGCCUCCCCUUCCAGCUCUCUGUGCCUCCUGAAAUUGUGCUGCUUGGGGUCAGCACCUCCAAAAACAAUGUGUUGGGAGCCUACAGUGGGAGGGAUGAAUCAGCAAAAAGGCCCCCCUCCUCCUCCACAAACAAAUGCCAUUCUGUCAGCUGGACUGCUGUUAGGGAAAUGGAACAGCUAAUUAUGAUCCAAGUCAUUGAUACUACUUAAGGAUAAGACAACAUAAAAAUUACUUCUUUCCCAAUGAAGGGUUGGCCUGGAAACAGUGCUGGGGUUGUUUGUUGAAAACCAGAAAGAUCUUAAAAACACCUUAUUUACUAAUGAUGUUGCUUGCUGUGUCCAGCACGAAGUAUCUUCAAAUCAAGUGACGCAGCCAUGUUGGUUCCUGAAGAGAAAGUGUCAAUGGAUUUUGGUCAAAAGGGCCAAGAUAGGUGCUGUCAUGUCCACUCAAGAGGCCCUCAGGUUUUAGGAUAACAGUAACUAGGAAUGGUCAGCCUUUUGAUUCUUUAACAAAUGAAUGGAGAGUUUAUAAGUCUGGGAACAAUACUCUGUUUAGACACAAGAAAGAUCUAUGAAGAUCGGAUUGCAGGAAGAAGGAGAAAGUACUUUGAAGGAAUGUCUCAUGUUGGAAGGAACUUCCCAGAAAUUAAACCUUCCAGUGAUUUGGGAGGAGGGGAGCCUCUUCAUUGGUCUCUAAAAAAGUGAGCUGUACCAU